UUGAAGAGUGGUUCAACCUUACGGGGAUGGUGACUCACAUGGAUUCCAAUUUACUGUACACAGUUAUCUUUUUUUUCGUCUUUGCCGAGCGAAAAAUUGGGAUCGAUCCCGGCCAGCUGAUUAACAAAAAUCUCUAAAGCCCUACUAGCUUGCAAAUGGAUCAAUCAAGCCUGAGAAGCGCCACCUUCGUCAGACGGUUGAUUCACCGCCUGAUUACAAUGGUAACGGUAAUGGCAGCAUGGUACUACAGCUGGUGCAGCCACAGGGCGCCCUUAGAGGAAUUCAAGAGGAGCCGCAGGAUUCCGUUCGAAAUUUCUCUCCGGUAACGGAUCCAACCGCCCACGAAUAUUACGCGUACACUCCGAGCGUUAUUAGUUUCGGUGAUGCUAAUAAGAGUCGUAACGACGAUUUGGACCCCGCUAAGUCACCUGGAUCCGAUAGAGAAUUUCACAGUUCCGUAAGUUUGCACAGCGAAGUUACGAGCUCCCAUGGAACUUACCCUCCGCCUUCGUCGUCCGAAGAAAAAUCGCAUCUUUUCAGGAGUUUUUUCGCCAUAAUAUCGUCGUGCGUUUAUGCAGUUUUCUUGGUUCCAUUCGGCUUGGUAAUUUACAUUGCCGACCUCCUGAUCGUCGAUUCUUCGUUGGCUGCGGGUUUCAAUCUUUAUCUGGUGGUCGUCGGAUUCGUGUAUCUGAUUUAUUUAUUUUUUGACAUACGAUUGUACGUGGGCAAAGCCGAGAGGUAUUUGAAGGCGACAACCAAUUAUGAUAAAGAGGACGAUGACAAUUCCGCGAAUCUUCCGAAUGAGAAGAUUGAGUCUGAACCGGAUCACGGAUUCUGCUUCACCCAAGGAAGACACGCCGGUAGUAUCUACCUCAGAGUUGGAGCUGCUGUCUUCUGUUUCGGUCAUCUGAUACACAGCGGAUUAUUACUGCUGUACGAGAUUGUGUUUCUCACCACAGAAGAAUUCUACCAAUGCUUCAAUCCCAUCUCUCUAACCUUCGAUAUAAUGUACCCAAUUUAUUCAUUCUUCCAAUUGUUCUUUAUCUUUAAAUAUUCAAACGUCAUUAUCAAUCAUUGUAAAGAAGUUGCGAGAUUUUUUAUAAUGCACACAAUAGCGUCGAGUCUCUGUUUUUGGAUAUGGGCCAUAUUUCGAGAAAGUACCGAUUUGUUGGCGAGACACAGAGCGAACGCCGAGGCUGCGGUGAUCACUACCGAAGCCAGCGUGUCAAGAACGAUUUCCACUAGCUCAGCAGGAGUAGCUUCCGAUCUGAGAACUAUUCUAGAAUUAUUAAACGGAACUUCUUUCAACGCCGAGUGUCAGCACGCGGAAUUGAACGUGAUAAUUCAGAAAAUUUCGCCAUAUUUGUAUCCCUUCACCAUCGAGUACAGUAUCCUGAUUGUCGGUGUUCUGUACAUGAUUUGGAGCAAUAUUGGAAACUGUCAAAGAGUAGACGGUGGCAGUUCCGUCCAAGAAGUUCCUUGUCCUCCUGUGGCUGGACCAUCCGCCGGAAGUAACAUAAUCGUCUACGCGGAUUGCCGUCAUGCGAACAGGGGCUUUUUCGCCGGACUCCUGGCACUCGUCGGUUCGAUUGUGUCGAUCAUUAUAUUUUUUAUCGCCUUCGCGGAACCGAAUCAUAGCGGUAUCGGUGAAACUAUGAACGAAAUAACGAAUCUCGCGUUGCUCGUGAUCAUGAGUUUUGCAGCGAUUAUUGCCUACCGCCAAAUCAUCAAGUUGGACGUCAACCAUCACCCCGUUUCGUUGCUCGACGAUAUUUUACUGUUCAUCGCGCUGCCUGCAUUUUUUUUACACGCUUUAUUCAGCGUCUUACCAGCUGCGCAGAAACGAGACUGGCUGAGAAUAGUCGGGAUUAUAUUUGGACUGAUUCAAGUAUUGAUUCAAACUCCACUGAUCAUCGAUGGAUUGAGGCGUUGCGCCAAUGCUAAAAAACUCCGCAGUAAAAGACCCGGACGUGAGCUUAUCACUUUUUUGAUUAUGUGCAACGUUGCUUUGUGGAUCGGCGAGACUUUCGAAAUAAAAUCGACCGAGAAGGAAGACGACAGAUACGAUUUUUAUGGCUUGCAACUUUGGACGAUUCUGAAACACUUGACCAUACCUUUGACUAUGUUUUAUCGAUUUCAUAGUUCCGUAUGUCUAGCGGAUAUCUGGAAAAGUGCAUACGAACCGGCAUCGAGUGGACCUUAGACGCUGGAUUAUUCUCGAUGCUUAAACAUGGCGAAUCAAUAGUGAGAAUAAGAUCUAAAACGGAUUUGCAGAAAAAAUAAGAAGGUUUGAACUCACUUGCUACUAGAAUGUAGCAUGCUUAACGUUCGGGCAGUGUAAAGAUCAAUAGUUUUUCUAUUGUUUCAUCGUUGUUCGGAUGGGAUAUCGGAAAUAAUUUAAUUGUUGAUUAAUGUUUAAGAAACUUAGAGUUAAAUGUAUAGUGGAUUCUUGUAAAUAGUA